AGAGGCCAGCCUGCUGGCAGGAAGCUUAGGGGAGACAUCUGGGGAAUUACAGAGGUCAUUAUCAGAAAAUGCUAAUGAGGAGGACUCUGAAGGUGACUUUAGUGAUCCAGAUGGCAUCAGGAGGAAGGAGAGAAAUUAUACGGAUGAGAAGAGGGAUAAGCCCAUUCCGUGCCAAGGAGGCCGCUUCCAUGAAAUCCCAAACCAAGAUGAAAGGUCAGCGAAAGACAGAAGGAAGGAAGACCUCCAUUCUAACCAGAGAAUCCACUGCAAGGAAAAAGAAAACGAACGGGUGGCUUGUGGAAAAACCUUUACUCAGAAAAUGAACAUUGUUUCCCAGGAGCAAAUUUGCUCAAAAGAGAAACUGUACAGUCGCUCAGAGCACGGGAAAAGCUUCAGUCGUGAAACAACCCUUUCUUCCUAUCAAAGAAUUCACUCAGGGGAUGAUCAGCAGAAAGAGGAAAAUGAGGAACUGCAUGAGGUAUCAUCUGUAAAAGCCAAGAAUCAAGUGUUGAAAGGAAACUUCAAAAAUCUAGACAGAGCAAAGAGACAAGAAGGAAGUCACUUGGCCGAGAAGAGGGGUCCACCCUAUCUUUGCCAAGGAGGGGAUGUCUGUGAAGUAAUGCGCAUAGUGGAGGAAAGAUACAAAUGCUUGGAAUGUGGAAUGGGCUUCUCAGAUCAAAUCCAAUAUAAUACCCAUUUGCAAAAGCACAGUGGAAAGAAAAGACCUAAAUGUUCAGAGUGUGGAAAGAGCUUCAGUUGCAGAUCAGCGCUUUUGAGGCACCAAAGAACCCAUUCAGGGGAGAAACCUUUUGAAUGCUCAAAGUGUGGAAAGAGCUUCAGUUGCAGAUCAACGCUUUUGAGGCACCAAAGAACCCAUUCAGGGGAGAAACCUUUUGAAUGCUCAAAGUGUGGAAAGAACUUCAGUUACGGAUCAGAGCUUUUGAGGCACCAAAGAACCCAUUCAGGGGAGAAACCUUUUGAAUGCUCAAAGUGUGGAAAGAGCUUCAGUUGCAGAUCAUCGCUUUUGAGGCACCAAAGAACCCAUUCAGGGGAGAAACCUUUUGAAUGCUCAAAGUGUGGAAAGAGCUUCAGUUGCAGAUCAGAGCUUUUGAGGCACCAAAGAACCCAUUCAUGGGAGAAUUUUGAAUGCUCAAAGUGUGGAAAGAGCUUCAGAUACAAAUCUCAGUUCCUUGUGCACCAAAUAACCCACACAGGGGAGAAGCCUUUUGAAUGCUUAGAGUGUGGAAAGAAAUUCAGUCAAAGUAGCACUCUUCAACAGCAUCAAAGAAUCCACAGAGGGGAGAAACCUUUUGAAUGCUCAGAGUGUGGAAAGAAAUUCAUUCAAAGUGGCAGUCUUCAACAGCACCAAAUAACCCACACAGGGGAGAAACCUUUUGAAUGUUCAGACUGUGGAAAGAAAUUCAACAGGAGUUUUCAUCUUCAAUGGCAUCUAAGAACACACACGGGGGAGAAAUCUUUUGGAUGCUCAGAUUGUGGAAAGAGGUUCAAGUUGAAUAGCGACCUUAAUCGGCAUCUAAGAACCCACACAGGGGAGAAACCUUUUGAAUGCGUAGAGUGUGGAAAGAAAUUCAGUCAAAGUGGCAGUCUUCAACAGCAUCUAAGAACCCACACAGGGGAGAAACCUCUUGAAUGCUCAGACUGUGGGAAGAAAUUCAGUCAAAGUGGUAGUCUUCAACAGCAUCAAAGAAUCCACACAGGGGAGAAACCUUUUGAAUGCUCAGAGUGUGGAAAGAGGUUCAAGUUGAAUGGUGACUUUCAUCGGCAUCAAAGAACCCACACAGGGGAAAAGCGUUUUGCAUGUUCAGAGUGUGGAAAGAAAUUUAGUCAAAGUGGCCAUCUUCAGCUGCAUCAAAGAACCCACACAGGGGAGAAACUUUUUGAAUGCUCAGAGUGUGGAAAGCACUUCUGUCAGUGUAGCCAUCUUCAAAGGCAUCAAAGAAUCCAUACAAGGAGAAACCUCGUGCCUGCUGAUGCACAAAUCUGUGCCCCGUAUGAUCCUGUGGCCUGA